UUUAAUGCUUGUGUUAUAGUGUCUAGCGGAGGAAAUGAUGUUGCUAGCGUUUAUUCUUGUUUACCUUCAUAUUUUCAUCGGAAGGUCAUACUGUAUUACGAUAGGCCUGCCUCAAUUUGAGAGCGAUUGGUUAUACAUUAAGGCACAGAGUAAUGUAUCAGAUAUAUUGGUACAGCAUAAUAUAGGGACUGUCCCUGGUCUUGUAGAGGUACUUGUCAAAGCUGUGGAUGGUCCCAACAAAGACUUUAUCUUCAAAGCACUAGGUAAUGGCGAAAGAGAUGACGAUUCAAGUGAAAUGUACGGCGGCAUUAUCUAUAUUUACAAUGAAGUCAAUGUCCGCAUCAUGGCACCAAAUAAAGUAAACCAUGGAGAUCAAGGUGCGGCUAUUUAUACAGGUGAGUCACCAUAUUGGCGUGGAAUUAACUAUCAAAUAAGUUUUGAAGCUGAAGUCAAAGUUCGUUGUUGGGAACCUACGGCAUUACCGACUCCCUGUUUUAACGUCACAGAUCAUUUAAUGAUAGCAGGUUCACCUAACAUUAGUGAAACAUAUGCGGAAUUCAGUCAUGGCUUGAACACUUACCCAAUGUUGGUAAAAGUUCGUGGUAAACUACUUGAUGGGUCCGACCCUGGCUGGUACACUGACGCUCAAGGUUCUGCCUUGUACAGUAUUGCCAACAUGAGGAAAGCAGCUCGCAGUGGUGGACUUAAGUAUGCAUAUGAUGACAACACUAUAAGAGUCUGGACAUCUUCGGUUUCAUUACCGGACGGCGUGCUGUUUACCCGUAACGAUGGUUGGGGACACGAUUCUUUCCGUUACGAUAAAUCUACUCAAGGACUUAUCCAAGUGUUGGCAUGGUGUGAUCUGUCACUUAGUUUUCAAAAAACCUUGACAUUUGGUCCAUCCUAUUUUGGCGAAGAAUUGCAAAUAGCAUUACCAUAUUAUUUCCUGGACACAAGCAUGUUCUUGACUUCUGCAAUGAUAGAAGCUACUGAUGGCGCAAACAGUGGUUACCUAUUUGAAGGUGUUGGCAGUGCUAUGACCAAUUCGCAGCGGCCAGGUACCCCGUGCGGCUAUGGAGGUCUGGUAUAUGCAUACAACGGUACAAUCCUUCGAAUAUGGCGACCCGAUGACGUCAAAGGUGCAGCCAUUUGUAUUCCUGAUAGCAUGGCACUUGGAACAAAUUCGCAAGCUUCACAGAGUGGAAAACUUAUAUUCAGAGCUUUUCAAACACAUGAACAAGUAUCUACAAGUACUUUCUUCCGACUGCUCGGAAAUAACGCAGCAUAUAAUGACACGUUGAUCGGUACACAACACGUGGCAUCAUUAUUAUCGUGUGCAAGGAAAUGUCUUCAACAUAACACGUGUAUAACAUACAUGUAUAGUGACAACACGUGUAACAUGUAUAAUACUAAAAAUGAAUCUCUCAUUUUCUUAAAGGACAAGUCAGCUGUAUGGGGAUUAGUCUAAAACCAAAAAAAAAAAGAAUUUUCUACACCUAGGUAGAUGAAAACGCAUGAAAGAUGGUUGUACUUAAAUACGUAAAGGACAUUUUGCAUAUAUUGUUCUGUUCAAUUGCACGUCGACAGUUUUUAUAAUUGAAAAAAACAACUAAUUUGGAUUAAGUACUCUUG